AUCACAGAAUAAUGGGCAACGGUUGUUCGAAAUGUUGCAAUUGCAACGAUCGCAAAUAUUAUCACGGCACACUCUCGUCUACCUCAUCAGUAUAUCGUAAAAGGAGUCGUGGCGAUCUACCCAUUUACAAUUCCGAUCGCUUUCGCAUAACACAAACCAGCAAUGCUGUCCAGCUGGCCGUUGAACAUGUCCAACGUGAAGAUGCUGGUCACUACACCCUGAUUGCUCGCACCAAAGCCAACGAUGUUAUACGAAAGAAUAUCGAGCUAAUUGUCGAAGAUCGUUCAGCGGGCGAAGAUCCACCAGUAUUUGCCAGACGCCUGAUGGAUUUGUCGGUUAAAGUUGGUACACGAACACGAUUUUUAUUGGAGAUACGUAGCUCAACAGAGGUUAAGCUAACCUGGUAUCGCAACGAUCGUCGAAUAUGCGAAAACGAUCGCAUCAAACAGGUGCAAGAGGGCACCUAUUAUUGGCUCGAAGUUAGCCCCGUCAUUCUGGAAGACGGUGGCCAAUGGAUGGUUAUGGCUGAGAAUUUGAGUGGACGUAAUUCCUGCAUUUGUCAUUUAAAUGUUAUGGUCCCCAAGGCCUAUAAGGCCCCCGAGUUUGUAGAAGAAUUGAAGGCAGUACUCACCGAACAGGGUACCGUUUCUUUGGAAUGUAAGGUGGUGGGUGUACCGACACCCCAAUUAAGAUGGUUCAAAGAUUCCAAAGAAAUCAAGGCAGGAGAUAUAUUUGCCCUGACGGCCAAUGCAAAUGAUCCCACCUCGCUGGGAACCUACACCUGUGAGGCUGUCAAUUGUAUGGGUAAAACCUAUUCAAGUUCCAAAGUACAUGUUGUGGGUCGGGGUAGCAGAGAUGGUUCGCUGAAACCGGCGGAUAGCAUGUCCAAUGGUGCACCCCCACCAAUAUUUACAAAUGAACUGAAAAAUGCCAACGUUCGAAUCGGUGACAGUAUUGUGCUCGGAUGCCAAGUGGCGGUGCCACCAUGGCCCAAGAGUGUGGCCUGGUACAACAAAAAUGGCCGUGUCGAUGCCGGUGAACGUUACAAACACAUCGAGGACGGUUUGGGUGUUUACAUGAUCGAAAUUAACCCUUCAGAGGCCUGCGAUGAAGGUGACUGGAAAUGUGUCGUGACCAACAAUGAGGGUUGCGUGGGCAUUUCAUCGUGUGUGGUAAAUAUGGAAAUACCCAAAAAUUAUCGCAAGCCUCGUUUUAUGGAAAGUCUGCGAGCCAUCCUCACGGAAGAGGGUUUGGUGUCAUUCGAAUGUAAGGUGGUGGGAUUCCCCACCCCUGUCCUCAAAUGGUUUAAGGACGGUCAAGAAUUGAAACCCGGCGAUGUAUAUCAGCUGACGGGAACCAAUUCCCUAGGCACCUAUUGUUGUGUGGCCAAAAAUUGUAUGGGUGAAAGUAGCAGUGUUGCCGUCCUGACCAUAGAGGAUAUACAAAAUCAACUAAAGGAGGAAGAUCGCAUUCUCAUCGGGGCCAAUAAUCAACCACCGAAAUUUUUAAUUGGCUUGAAGACUCAAGAAACGAAAAUCAAUGAACCCUUCCAAUUUAUGGUUAAGUUGGAAGCGAAACCUGAACCACUGCUCUCGUGGUUCCGUGACGAAAUCCCCAUUGAAAUUUGUGAAUAUUAUAAUUAUUAUAGAGGCGAGGAGGACAACUGGUAUUUGGAUAUUACGAAUGUGGAAUUUUUAGAUCAGGCGGAGUGGAAGUGUGUGGCAGUAAAUGAGUUCGGCACGAGUGUAACUUCGUGUUUCCUGAAAUUGCAAAUACCGCGGCAUUAUAAGAAACCACGGUUUUUGGAAAGUUUGCGAGCGGUGCUGACAGAGGAGGGUGCGGUGAAUUUGGAGUGUAAGGUAAUUGGUGUGCCGCAGCCGGUCUUGAAAUGGUAUAAAGAUGGUGUGGAGCUGAAACCGGGAGAUAUUCAUAAAAUUAUUUCGGGGCAGGAUGGUACCUGCUGCCUGGGUACGUAUACCUGUGAGGCUCGGAAUUGUAUGGGCGUGGUGGCAAGUUCGGCUUCCUUGCUGGGCUUUGAAGAUGCCCGCACGAAUCAGGAAAUGGAAAAACAAAACGAAUUGCAAAGGAACUUCUCGCUGUCCACCAUUCAAGAGGAGCGAACCUCUCAGUUGUAUGAAACUCCGCAGGGUACGGAGGUAUCAUUUUCCUUUGAUGGUAAAGAGGUAUCGGUUUCGUUGUACGAAACUCCUGAUUUGACAGAGGAUGAGGCCAUUAAAAUUGUGGAAAUGUAUGCCGAUCAAAUUUCUGAACAUGUUACCGAACAUAAUGUGGUGGAACUGCCACCCUUGAGAUUUGUCAAGGAGACCUCGCAAUCGGGUAAAUUGCUGAUGGAGGCCAUGGUCAUUGAUAUCUCUCCGGAAUAUUUCUCCCACGACGAAGAUUUGAGAACUGAGGCGGGAAUGGAUGAUAUUUCGUUGAAUGAAAUCACCAUCCAUGGAUCCUCCGUGAAGGAUGAAAAGGAAUUGGAGGAGCGUAAGGCGGAAUUGGAGAAAAUGGAAACCAUGUUGGAGGGAGAAGAGGAAGUAGAUGGCUCGGUUUCGGCUCCCUCAAGGAAGCGACGGAAAUCCAAGGUGAGAAAUGGUGAGGAGUUUUGUAGCCCUGAGAAAACGAUUAGCAGUCUGGAGGAGGCGGACUCCUCGGAGUUACAAACCUUUGCCAGUGCCGUACAAUCCCCAGUAGAUUCUUCAUUUUAUCAGUCUAUGGAUGAGGGUGGCGCCCAACAGCCACCGGCCAGGAAGAAGGGCAAGAAGGAUGCCGGCAGUGAUUCCUCCAAGGCCACAGAUACUGAAACGGGUGCUCUACAGGAUUUAUCGGGCGCCGAGGGUGAUGGCUUGAAAAUUGUAAACACAAAACACACCAAGAAGAUCGAGCAGAGUCCAGAGGAAAUUGAGAGAAAUUUGAAGACCCUCUUGCCUCUGGCAAAAAUGUUGAAAAUUUUAGAUGGUCAUUUAAAUGCUGUGGAAUCGGAGGUAAUUGCCCAAUCCGUCAUGUUGAUGACCCCAUCCUCGGCAGAUCAGUCCAUAGCGAUUAUAAAAAAUGUCAUAGAACCCAUAGGCCAGAUACAAUCGAAAUUGAAAGUCUAUUCCGGAGAGACGCCUUUAGAAGCCCUGUUUGAAACCAUGAAGGAUGAUGUUCGCAAUUUGCAUGUGGCCCUACAGGUCAUUGAGAAAUGUGUGGAAAUCGAUGAGACCGGAACGACACUGAUCCAAAGGACCAGUGUUUGUAUUAUUGAUAGUAUUGCGGAUCACAUGAUUAAGGCGUUGGAGGAGGUCAAGACCAUUUCGAAGCUUUUUGAAAAUGAACAUUUGCGGGGCCAUUUAGAAAUGACUGUGGAUGAUAUACGCCAAGGUUUGGAGAUAACCAAGGAUACCAUUAAGUCACAGGCCCUGCUGCAGGAGGCCCAAGAAUUGGAGGCUAGUAAACAUUUCACGGAAACAGUGGCCAAAUUGCAAGAUGUUCCCGAACCGGUGCCAUUUGAGAAGGUCAGCGAUGUUAGCCUACCCAAAGAUGCUGCCUUUGUGGCAAUGAUUUGUGAACCGGUUAUGCGGAUCCAGGAAGCCUUGGAAAAGGUGGAAAAUGAAUUGACCCUGGAGGAAAGUGAUGAGGAUAUUUACCUGAAGGUCCAUGAAAAAAUUCUUCACAAUUUCGUUGAACCCUUUAAUGAGCUACACAAGGUGGUGGGCAAGAUAGAGUCAAGGGCCAAUAGCUUGGCCGGAUCGAAUAGCAUGGAACACAAGAUUAAUAUGGCCAUAUUGGACAUUGUAUCACCACCCCUGUUUGAGUUGAAAAAGGGUUUGGAAAUUAUUUUGGCCCAACCAUCGAGGAAUGUCGAGGCUGGAAAAUUGACGGUGUCCACGGUGGAGUCCAUGGUGCCUCCUCUGCAGGAAAUGCAAAAUGGUUUGGCCCAAUUGAGCCAAGAUAUUAUGGCUGGGCAUUUGGCAGAGGCCACUGAGUCCUUUAUGGAUUCGGAUGAUAUGAAGAAAUUACUGCAGUCCCUGGCCCAGGCUGUGCUCCACCUGGAGACAAAUAUUGAGAAUAUCAAUCAAAAAUUACCGGAGAAUGUGAGCUCAAGUUUAACGCGUUUGAAAGAUGAAAUCUCUUCGUUGAUUAGCCAGGUCAUCGAUAAGGAAAUCGAUAAAUACCACCUCACCGUGUUGGAGAACAUUAAACGUCCCAUCGAUGAGCUAAACUAUUGUAUACGGCAAAUUGAGCAAAAGGCCAUUUCGGGAUCCCUUACAGAUUUGGUAGAUCCUCUGCAUAGCUUAAAUGACAAAAUCAAGGUGAGCCAGGGUAUCCUUGAUCUCUCUCCUCUCAAACAGAAUCAAGAUGUGGGCGAUACCUUGAUGAAGAUACGAGACCUGAUCAAACGCAUUGAAAUCGGCAUUGAGGAAACGGAAUUUAAAAAUCUCCAAAAGGAAAUUGAGCUCGACGAACAACAGGCUGCCAAGGAGCAGAACCUGUUCGCAGCCAUGCGUCAAGAAAUGGAACUGAAAAUCGAUUUAAGUGAGGGCAUCAAAGAGCUACAGAGGCUGAUGGAGAACAUCGGCAUGCUGCAGGAAAUGAAAUAUUUGGAUCACAAAUUGGAGCAAAGUUUGGUGGAGCUGAGCGCUCCGCUUCAAAGGAUGUGCGAUGAAUUUAAACAUCAAGAAAUCCAGGGAGUGGAUGGAAAAUCUCUUAUGGCCUCGGUGAGAGCCUUGAAGGCCAUCUCUCCCCACAUUGGGAAAUUAAAUAUGUCCCUUGAGAAAUUGGGAGGCAUGAGAAGCCGUGAUGAGUUCCAAAAAUUCUUCACCAAGAAUUGUCACAGCCACUUCGAGGAACUGAAAUUGGCCAUAGAUCAAAUGGAAUACUUCGAUGAUGCAACGGGCGUCAACCUACCCAUAUCCGUGGCAGAUACCUUUGACAAGACCCUGGUGGCAUUGGAGAAUCUCAUAUCCAAGUGUUUGACCCGCAUCCAUGAUACGGAAGAGGAGUUGGCCACCACGUUGGAGGAAAUGUCUCCGAUGCACACCACCAUUGAGUCCCUGCCAUCGGAUUAUGUCACACCCGGUCCGCUGCAGGCAUUUGAGGAAAAACGGGCCCAGGUGGAUCAGUUGUUGGGGCAAUUGAAGCAAAGCAUUGCCUCGGUAUUGAAUCACUGCGAGGUAUUGGAUUCCCAGACCACGACGAAGAAGGAGGAAUCCGCACAACAAUUGGAAAUUGUGAGGGAGAAAAUCCUCAGUCUGGAAAGGAGUCUACAAUCGCCCGUGUUUGGCCGGGCUUCAACACUAUCCGAAGUGUCCCAAGCCAGUUCGCAUAGAUCUAUUGUGGAGGCCAUUAGCAAUUUGGAAUAUUGUGGCCUGCAGAUCCAAGAGUUCGUGCAAUAUCAAGAUGUGCAAUCCCUCAAGGAGGAAGAAGUAUUCCAAUUGAAAGCCAUGGCCAAACCGCUGAAGGAAAUUGUGGAGGCUGUCAGAGGUUUCUACAUGCAGGAAUUGGAGCAGGCGGAAUCCCUGGCCACGCUCUCACAGGCCUCACAAUUAUCUUGCUCAGAAUUGCUGCGCAGCAUCACUCCAUACCUCGUUGCAGUGCAGGAACAACAAACCCUCGAGACCUUGGAAAGUCUCAGCGAAAGAUCUUCACCCUUACAGCAGCUGGUGAAACCCUUAAGGGAGCUGGAAAAAUCUCUCGCCUGCCGCGAAGAACAAACUCUACUCUCACACACUUCUACGCUCUCUGAGGCCGAAUCGUUGGAACAAUUGAAAGUCAUGGCCAAGCCAUUGCUAUUGCUCAAGGAAGCCAUAGUCAUGGUGAAACAGGAACAUGCUCUCCAUUCCCUGGCGGAAUAUCCCGACUUUCAAUUGCUGCAACAGAAGCAGCAAUGUGCCACACUCUUUGAGCUGCUGAAAUACUGUGAAAAUCUGGAUACCCAAAUUUUUGAGAACCUCGAUGAUUUGUCUUCUCUCGAUUUAUCGGAAAUGAAAUCGCUGGCGGAGUUACGUUCGGUUACCCCCAUGACACCGGUGCCCCAGGUAACCACACACCAGGUGGAAGUAAAGACCUUCGAUCUCAAGGAUUGUGUGGCUGGCGGCAUCAAACAGUUAGAGGAAUGCCUCGAGUCGACCAAAAAGAUAAGCGAGAUCGAGGUCUCAGAAAUUGAGGAGAUUAUGCAGACCCUACGCUCCGAUUUACAGGAAAUGCAAAAACAGUUGCUGCUCUCCCCCUCAGACCUAAAAACCAAGGAAUCUCAGGUGGCCAAAACCAUGUUUAAACUCAAAGAAUGUUUGGUCCACACUUAUGAAGCAUCCGGCCUCGAUGUGGGUCUAGAAGAUAUUGAGAAAACCUUUGAAGAUCUGCUACAGGCCAUGCCCUCGUUGGAGCAUCAAUUGGCCCUGGAAAUGCGGGAGAAAAUUAAAUUCGCCUUUUCCGAAUUUAUUGUACAAUGUUUGGAACACCCCGCGGAGGAUAUGCAAAAAUUGGUGCCGUCGUUUAGAAAUCUACUGGAGACCAUUGAGGUCAUCUGCAAAUCGGGAAAAGUCGACAUCGAACCCAGUUCCAGUGUCAUUGUGCAGCUGCAGACCCAACUCAUGGCCAGCUUUAAUGCCCUCAAUGAUCUCAGCGAAGUGAGUAAAGAUUUACGUAUGCGGGAACUACUCCGAGAGUCGGUGAAGACCCUGCUCUACAUUUACGAUUUCAUCGAAAACAAUGAGGGUAAUAUGCGGAUCAUAGAACUGCUGCAGGAAAUAGAUUCUCUAAGUCCGCAAUUGAGGGAUAUUUCCAAUCAUCUGAUGGCCAUUCCCGUGGUAGAUGAGGCCCAGAUGCAAUUACUUAUUGCCCAGGUUAAUGAGACCCAAACGUUCCUAACCCAGAUACAAGAGGGUCUGGUAAGCAACAAUCCCCUGACUCAGAAAUUCUUGGCCGAAAAACAACCCAUGGUGGCCCAAUUGAAGGAUACCCUCAUCAAUGUGGAGCUGAAGUUGCAGGAACCCCAAGCCAUUGAGGUGCAGAAACUUCCCGAGGUCCAGGUAAUGAAGGCUCUACUGCAGGAUCUACAAACCAGCAUGCAGGAGAUCCAGAAGCAGGAGGGAUCUCAACUCAAGGCUGAAGCGGAACUUUUGUUAACCGAAGUUCAGGAAGGAUUGGUGGAACAAAAUCCGCUGGUCGUAAAAUUCAUGGAACAAAACCAAAGCCAACUGGCCGUGCUGAAAGAUACUCUCUCCGAAGCCAAACAAGAGCUCGAAGGACCAAAAUCUCUCGAAGUGAAAGAAAUGAAGGCUGUCUCCAUGAUGGCACAAAUUCUGCAAGAUCUCAAGGUAAACUUGGAGAAAUUGCAAGAAGAUGAAGCAAAGACACCCUUGGUACAAGAAACCCAAGCCAUUCCGCAACAGGCUAAAAUUCUCGAACUAAAAGAAGAAGCCCAAGUAUUCCUUACUGAAAUGCAGGAGGGUUUGGUGGAAAACAAUCCCGUGGCCCUUAAAUUCAUGGAGCAGAACCAAACCCAAGUUGGUCAACUUAUGGAAACCUUAAAGCUGGUGGAAAAAGAGCUCGAAGGACCAAAAACGGGUGUAUUGCAAGAACUAAAAUCCGUGCCCAUGAUGGCAGAACUAUUACAGGACCUCAAGGGCAACUUGGAGAAAUUACAAAUAGAAGAAGUGGCCAUUGAAGCCAAGGCCCAACAGGCAGAGGUCCAAGAAGUACAGCUGAUGUCUCAAAAGGCCCAACUUGUGGAACUGAAGCAAGAGGCUCAAGUCUUCCUACAUGAAAUGCAGGAGGGUUUGGUGGAAAAUAAUCCGCUGGCCGUGAAAUUCAUGGAGCAAAACCAAGUGCAAGUAGGCAAGCUGAAGGAGACCCUACAUGAGGUUCAACAGGAACUCGAAGGACCAAAAUCCGCAGAGCUUAAAGAACUGAAAUCUCUUCCCUUGGUGGCGGAACUUUUGCAACAGCUCAAAGGUAAUUUGGAGAAGCUGCAAAUCGAAGAAGGUUCCCUGGAAGCCAAGCUGCAAAAGGCUGAAACUCAAGAAGUUCAGUUAGCACCUCAAAGAGCCCAGCUCUUGGAACUGAGGCAAGAAGCUCAAGUAUUCCUACAGGAAAUGCAGGAGGGUUUGGUGGAAAAUAAUCCGCUGGCCGUGAAAUUUAUGGAACAAAAUCAGAAACAGGUGGCAAAACUAAAGGAGACCCUAAAUGAGGUGCAGAAUGAGCUCGAAGGACCAAAAUCGGCAGAAAUUAAAGAACUAAAAACUCUGCCUCAAAUGGCGAAACUUGUAGAAAAUCUGAAGGGCAAUUUAGAGAAGUUGCAAAUCGAGGAGCGGGUUUUGGAAGCCAAGGCACAAAAGGCUGAAACUCUGGAAAACAAAUUAGCUCCUCAAAGAGCUCAGCUCAUGGAGCUGAAGGAAGAGGCCGAAGUGCUGCUAAUGGAAAUGCAGGAGGGUUUGGUAGAAAACAAUCCCCUGGCCUUGAAAUUCAUGGCACAAAAUCAGACACAGGUGGCGAAAUUAAAGGAAACCUUAAAUGAGGUUCAACUCGAGCUCGAAGGACCAAAAUCUGCUGAAAUCACAGAACUAAAAACUCUACCCCAAAUGGCGGAACUUCUACAACAAAUCAAGGGAAAUUUGGAGAAAUUAGAAAUUGAGGAAGUAAAACUAGAAGAGUCUAAGGCCCAACAACCUGAAGUGGUUACCCAAAAGCCGCGAAUUAUCGAACUUAAAGAGGAGGCGCAACUGUUCCUCGAAGAAAUGGAAGAGGGUAUUGUGGAAAAUAACCCGCUAGCGGUGAAAUUCAUGAAACAAAAUCAAAGUCAGGUGGCUAAGCUACGUGAGACGUUGCAGAUAAUUGAACAAGGGCUCGAAGGACCAAAGGUAUCGGUGGUUCAGCAAUUCCAGCAUAUACCUCUUAUGGCGGAAUUAUUGGAAAAUUUGAAGGGUAACUUGGAGAAAUUACAACUGGCCGAGGGUAUUUUGGACAGUCAGCCCAAGAAACCCAAGGUGAAAGAUGUAAAGGGCGCCGAACCACAAAAGGCUGAAAUUGCAGAAAUCAAAGAAGAAGCCAAGGUAUUUUUAUCGGAAAUGCAGGAGGGCAUUGUGGAGAAUAACCCCAUUGCUGUGAAAUUCAUGGCCCAAAAUAAGGCCAUGGUGGCGAAGCUAAUGGAAAUCCUGGCCAUUGUGGAACAUGAGAUGCAAGCUCCUCAAUUACUGAAGGAGUUACAGUUCGAACAUUUCCCUCUAAUGGCGGAACUUUUGUCUAGCCUCAAGGACAAUUUGGAGAAAUUGCAAAUCUCCGAGGGUAGCUUUGCACCACAAGCCCAAAAAGUUAUUUCCCAGGAACCUGCCACUUUGCAAAGGGCCCAAAUCUCUGAAAUAAAGGAGGAGGCCCAACUCUUCCUCGAAGAAAUGCAGGAAGGUAUAAUGGAACACAACCCGUUGGCAUUGCAAUUUAUGGAACUAAACAAAGCCAAGGUAGCCUUGUUAAAAGAGACUUUGAUUUUAGUCCAGCAUGAGCUCGAAGGACCAAAAACCUUGCAGGUCCAAGAAUUCAAACAUUCUCCUCUAAUGGCAGAACUUUUGCAAAACCUUAAAGAGAAUUUGGAGAAGCUACAAAUUGUACAUGUGGAACAGGCACCUAGCGCCCAGAAAUCUGUGGAGCAGGACCUCACCCCCGGCAAGCUGCAAAAGGCCGAAGUAAGUGAGAUACAAAAAGAAGUUGCGGAAAGCAAUGAACUGAAAUUGCAAAAGUCGGAAACGAAAGAAGUUAAAAUCACUGCCGAAAAGGCGGAUAUUUCUGAGGCCAAGAAGGAGGGAGAAGAAAAGAGAAAACCUAUUAAGGAACCCUAUCUUGAAGAGGUUCUAAAAUCCAUACACUUAACCUUCCAACAGAUCAGUACGAUUCAGCAGGCCCCAUUAAAUCAGGCCCAAAAGGAAGUUGUCCGUUCCAUUGCCGAUAAUCUCAAAGAGCUGCAAAUGGCCAUUGAAGAGGAAGGCCCAACACGUUUGGAGGAUCGUCUUUUCCUGACGCUUUUCAAGACCAAAGAAUUACUCAAAUGUUCUGUACUUCGUGAAUGUACUUCAGCCGAGUCCGUGGAAUUAUUCAAGAACUUCAACAAGGUCUUCAUACAAAUCCUGAAUGGCAAUGAUCAGCUAAGGAAAUCCAUACUCUAUGACCUCAAGGAGAAUAUCUCUCCAGCGCUACAAGAAAUUCUAACUGUGGCGGAGCAGCAAGCGCCCAAUAAACCAGGCAAAUUGGGUAAAUUAUGUCAAACCCUGGAAAAUCUCAAGUCCCAGGUGGCGGAUAUACAUCAAAACAAUCGGGGAAAUAUGAAAAUCGAAAGCGAAGAUUUCCAAAAACUUCAAGUGGCAGUACAACAAAUCGUACAACAUAUUGAAGAAUGUCCCGAUGUGAAUGCACAACACUUGAGAACCUUGGUAGAAAAACUCAACCGCCAGGAAAUCCAGGAUGGCUUGGAGCUGCUACAAGAAUUGGAAAAUAGCCAAACCACCUUCAAACAAAUCGCCGAAGUUAUCAGAAAUAAUAAAUUCCCACAAAAAUCCCUGGAGAGCACCGUGGAAACGGCUUUGGAAAAAUUAUCGGAAGCCAGCGAAGAUUCCCAACAAUUGAAGAAGGACUUACAAGAGGCAUUGGACUCCCAAAACCAAGAAGAAAAGCGAAAGUGCAUCUUCAAAUUGCGUGAACACAUAGUCCACACCUAUGACGGAUCAUUCCGCGAGGAAUUGGAAAAUGUUGUCGAUUCUUUGCUGGAGGGCAAUUCCGAACUUAUCGAGGAAUUCAAUUCUAAAUCUCUGCAACAAGUUGAAGAGCUUCUGAACUGUCUGAAAGAAAAGGUCGAAUUGGUACCAUCCGACAUUUGGAAACCCAAACUUGAGGGUCUCAAUUCAAAACUCAGCCACCUACAAAAGGUCAGUGAGAGCCUAAAGACUUCGAAGGAUGUGGAUAAAUCCUGCGUCAGCAUGAUUGAAUUGCAAAAGAAUCUAAUGGAUAUCUUUGUAAUGUUCGAUGAUAUGCUGGAGAUUAAAAAUCGCCAAGUGGAACCUCAACUGGAGAAGGUGAAAUCAUUGGCUCUUCGACAAUAUGAUGAAAUCGAAAAGUCUACGGAAAAGAUUAGGACUUUGAGGGUAUAUGAAGAUCUCAUGACAUUGGGUAAAGCCAUGGAGAAAGUUUUGGAAACGGUGGCCACAUUGGAGUUCCUAAAAGCGGAAUCACUAAUGGUAGAAGCCAAGGUGGAAACUGCCAGCCAAAAAGUAGAAGAAAAAGAAGUGAAAUCUGAGGCUGCAAAGGCGGAAGUGGCUGAGAUUAAGCCGGAAACUAUUGAGGAGAAGAAACUUGAAACUGAAACCAAAAAACUGGAAGAGAAAGAAGUCAAGGCUUCGGAGGGUAAGGCUGAGGUAUCUGAGGUCAAACCUGAAAAGGCAGAAGUAGAGAAGGUGGAUGCAGAAGUCAAGAAACCUGAAGAGAAGGAAUUUAAGUCAACUGGUGCCAAGGCUGAGGUCUCCGAGGUGAAACCUGAGAAGGCGGAAGAGGAGAAGGUGGAAGCCCAAGCCAAGAAACCUGAGGAGAAGGAAAUUAAGCCAUCCGAAGCUAAGGCUGAGGUUUCCGAGGUGAAACCUGAGAAGGCUGAAGAAAAGAAGGUGGAAGCCGAGGCCAAGAAAACUGAAGAGAAGGAAGUUAAACCAGUGGAAGCUAAGGCUGAGGUAUCCGAGGUGAAACCUGAGAAGGUAGAAGAAAUGAAGGUGGAUGCUGAGGCCAAGAAACCCGAAGAGAAGGAAGUUAAACCAACUGCAGUCAAGGCUGAAGUGUCCGAAGUGAAACCUGAGAAGGCUGAGGAAAAAAAGGUGGAAGCGGAGGCCCAGAAACCCGAAGAGAAGGAUGUUAAACCAGCCGCAGCCAAGCCUGAGGUCUCAGAGGUGAGACCUGAGAAGGCGGAAGAAAAGAAGGUGGAAGCGGAGGCCCAGAAACCCGAAGAGAAGGAUGUUAAACCAGCCGUCGCCAAGGCGGAGAUCUCCGAGGUGAAACCUGAGAAGGCUGAAGAAAAGAAGGUGGAAGCAGAAGCCAAGAAACCCGAAGAGAAGGACGUUAAACCAGCCGCCGCCAAGGCUGAGGUGUCAGAAGUCAAACCUGAAAAGGCUGAGGAAAAAAAGGUGGAAGCGGAGGCCAAGAAACACGAAGAGAAGGAAGUUAAACUAACCGCAGCCAAGCCUGCGGUCUCAGAGGUGAAAUCUGAGAAGGCGGAAGAAAAGAAGGUGGAAGCAGAAGCCAAGAAGCCUGAGGAGAAGGAAAUUAAGUCAUCCGAAGCCAAGGCUGAGUUAUCCGAAGUCAAACCUGAAAAGGCGGAAGAAAAGAAGGUGGAAGCCGAGGCCAAGAAACCAGAGCAAAAGGAAGUUAAGCCAGCUGGCGCCAAGGCUGAGGUCUCAGAGGUGAAACCUGAGAAGGCGGAAGAAAAGAAGGUGGAAGCAGAAGCAAAGAAGCCCGAGGAGAAGGAAAUUAAGUCAUCCGAAGCCAAGGCUGAGGUCUCCGAAGUCAAACCUGAAAAGGCGGAAGAAAAGAAGGUGGAAGCCGAGGCCAAGAAACCAGAGCAAAAGGAAGUUAAGCCAGCUGGGGCCAAGGCUGAGGUCUCAGAGGUGAAACCUGAGAAGGCGGAAGAAAAGAAGGUGGAAGCAGAAGCAAAGAAGCCCGAGGAGAAGGAAAUUAAGUCAUCCGAAGCCAAGGCUGAGGUCUCCGAAGUCAAACCUGAAAAGGCGGAAGAAAAGAAGGUGGAAGCCGAAUCCAAGAAACCUGAGGAGAAAGAAGUUAAGCCAACUGGUGGCAAGGCUGAGGCAUCCGAAGUCAAACCAGAAAAGGUAGACGAAAAGAAGGUAGAACAUGAAACCAAAAAACAUGAGGAGAAGGAUGUCAAGCCAUCCGCUGCCAAGGCUGAGGUCUCCGAGGUUAAACCUGAAAAGAUAGAAGAUAAGAAGGUGGAAGCGGAAGCCCAGAAACCGGAGGAGAAGGAAACUAAACCAUCGGCCACCAAGGCUGAGGUCUCCGAAGUCAAACCGGAAAAGGCUGAGGAAAAGAAGGUGGAAGCAGAAGCCAAGAAACCUCAAGAAAAGGAUGUCAAGCCAUCCGCCGCCAAGGCUGAGGUAUCCGAAAUUAAAUCCACCGUGGAAAGUUGCAUUGAAAAGGUACUGCAAUCGAUUCCGAAUACCAAGGAAAAUCAUGAUCUUAAAAAGGCCUUGGAUGAAGCCUUACAAUCCGUGACAGAUGAGCAAAAACGCAAAUCCAUUUUCCGAUUACGCGAAAUUAUCGUUCAUACCUAUGAUGGUCGAUAUGGCAGUGAAAUUGAUAACGUUAUCGAUGCUUUGUUGGGUGAUAAUACCGAUCUCAUUGAAUCGGUUAAUAAAGAGCAUCUGCAGGCUAUUGAGAGCUGUAUAAAAUCGUUGAAAUUGCGUGUGGAUUCGAUACUCGUUAAGCCAUGGCAAGGAGAAUUUGAGGGUCUCAAUUCGAAACUGAGUGCAAUUCAAAAUGUAUCCGCUGCCCUGAAGAUGACGAAGGAUGUUCCAAAAUCCUCUGUAAAUAUGGUAGAGUUACAAAAGAAUCUCAUGGAUAUAUUUGUCAUGUUCGAUGAUAUGCUGGCUAUAAAACCGAAUGAUUUCAAGUCGGAAUUGGAAGAGGUUAAGAAACUGGCUCUUGGUCAAUAUGAUUGUAUAGAAAAUGCCGAAAAGAAUCUCCGAACAUUGUAUGUCUAUGAGGAUAUUACGAAAUUGUGUAAAUCCAUAGAGAAGGUGGUGAGAGGUAUAUUGGAUAUGGUUCCGGUGGAAGUGGAAGAAACGAAACUUGAAAUUGAAGCUAAGAAGGCUGAGGAGAAGGAUGUUAAGGCGGAAGCAGCCAAGGCUGAGGUUUCCGAAGUCAAACCGGAGAAAUUGGAAGAAAAGAAACUGGAAGCCGAAACCAAGAAGGUGGCGGAGAAGGAUGUGAAGUCUGAGGUAUCGAAGGCUGAGGUUUCCCAAGUCAAACCGGAGAAAUUGGAGGAAAUGAAGUUGGAAUCCGAAACCAAGAAGAUUGAUAAGAAGGCAGUUAGCAGAAGCUUGGAGGAAAAGAAAUUGGAAGCAGAAGCCAAGAAGGCCGAUAAGAAGGAAGUCAAGUCCGAGUCAUCCAAGGCGGAGGUUUCUGAAAUCAAGCCGGAGAAGUUGGAGGAAAAGAAAAUGGAAGCCGAAGCAAAGAAGAUUGCGGAGAAGGAAGUCAAGGCAGAAACUGCAAAGGCUGAGGUCUCGGAAGUCAAGUCUGAGAAGUUGGAGGAAAAGAAACUGGAAGCCGAAGCAAAGAAGAUUGCGGAGAAGGAAGUCAAGGCAGAAACUGCAAAGGCUGAGGUCUCCGAAGUCAAGCCAGAGAAGUUGGAGAAAAAGAAACUGGAAGCCGAAGCCAAGAAGGUUGCGGAGAAGGAAGUUAAGCCUGAGGCUGCCAAGGCUGAUGUUUCCGAAGUUAAGGCAGAGAAGUUAGAGGAAAAGAAACUGGAAGCCGAAUCGAAGAAAAUUGAGAAGAAGGAAGUCAAGCCCGAGGCUGCCAAGGCUGAAGUUGCUCACAUUAAAUCUCCAUUGGAAAUUUCAGUUGAUGUUGCUCUGCAGAAAAUGUCAGGUGCUUCGGAUACCCAAGACCUUAAUCAAACCCUCAAGGAUGCUCUGCAAUCCCACACGAAUACCCAAAAACGUCAAUGCAUUUACAAAUUAAAAGAACUCGCCAAGCGUUCGUAUGGCUCGAUUAAUAUCUCCACCGAAAUUGAAGAUGUCAUCGAUUGUCUGUUCGGUGACGAUCAGGAAUUGAUCGAGACCAUUAAUACCGAAUAUGCCAAAAAUAUUGACAGUAUUAUUAAAUCCCUAAAACUGAAGCUGGACAAUGUCACAGAUAAAUAUUGGGAAGCCAAGUUAGAUGGUUUACAUUCCAAACUCUCAAGCAUUCAAAAGGUGGUCAAUGCCCUGAAAUGGGAUAAGGAUAUGCCCAAGUCCGCGGCGAAUAUGGUCGAAUUACAGAAGAGCUUAAUGGAAAUGUUUGUCAUGUUUGAUGAUAUGUUGGACGACAAAUAUCCUCAAAUACAACCGCAUUUGGAAAUGGUCAAGACACUGGCUUUGGGGCAAUACGAUUCGAUUGAUAAGAACCAGAAGAAGGUGCGAUCCUUGAAUGUUUAUGAGGAUGCGCUGAAGUUAUGUCGAUCCGUAGAGACGGUGAUAAACAAUGUGGUCCUGAUAUCCACUGAAAAGAUUGAACAAAAGGCUUUGGAAGUGGAAGCUAAGAAGGUCAAGGAGGAAGAGAUUAAAUCUGCUGAAGCUGCCAAGGCUAAGGUAUCGGAAGUGAGGGCAGAAAAGGUUGAAGAAAAGGAACUGGAAGUGAAAUCACAAAAACCAGAAGAAAAGGAUCUUAAACGCAGAGCCUCCAAGGCAGAAGUAUCUGAGGUUAAGGCCGAAAAGCUGGAUGAAAAGAAGGUUGAGGCUGAAGCCCAAAAAGUCGAAAAGAAAGAUGUUAAGCGAAAAUCCUCCAAGGCUGAAAUUUCCGAAGUCAAGCCAGAGAAAUUGGAAGAGAAGAAGGUGGAAGUGGAAGCUAAGAAACCUGAUGAGAAGGUAUCCAAGAAAGAACCUUCUAAACCUGAGGUAUCUGAGGUCAAACCUGAAAAUAUCGAAGAAGGCAAGGUGGAAGCUGAGGCCAAGAAACCGGAAAAGAAGGAUGUUAAACGUAAAUCCUCCAAGGCUGAUGUUUCUGAAGUCAAGGCUGAAAAGGUGGAGGAGAAGAAGGUUGAAGCCGAAGCCAAGAAGGCAGAAGAAAAGGAUGUGAAGAAAGAAGCUGCCAAGCCUGAGGUAUCUGAGGUCAAACCUGAAAAGAUCGAAGAAGGCAAGGUGGAUGCUGAGGCCAAGAAGCCGGAAAAGAAGGAUGUUAAACGUAAAUCUUCUAAGGCUGAUGUUUCUGAAGUCAAGGCUGAAAAGGUGGAGGAGAAGAAGGUCGAAGCCGAAACCAAGAAGGCAGAAGAAAAGGAUGUGAAGAAAGAAGCUGCCAAGUCUGAGGUAUCUGAAGUCAAACCUGAAAAGAUCGAAGAAGGCAAGGUGGAAGCUGAGGCCAAGAAGCCGGAAAAGAAGGAUGUUAAACGUAAAUCUUCUAAGGCUGAUGUUUCUGAAGUCAAGGCUGAAAAGGUGGAGGAGAAGAAGGUCGAAGCCGAAGCCAAGAAGGCAGAAGAAAAGGAUGUGAAGAAAGAAGCCUCUAAGCCUGAGGUGUCUGAGGUUAAACCUGAGGAAACUGAGACCACGAAACCAGAAAAGAAGGAAGUUAAACGUAAAUCCUCCAAGACUGAUUCUUCUGAAGCGAAGGCUGAAAAGCUGGAAGAGAAGAAGGUUGAAACAGAGGCCAAGAAAACAGAAGAGAAGGAAGUUGCCAAACCCGUAGUAUCUGAGGUUAAGGUGGAAGAAAAGAAGCCCGAAGCUGAAGCCAUGAAGCCUGAGCAAAAGGAAACUAAGAAACCCACGGAAGAAAAGGCUGAAACUAAGCCUGAAGAAAACAAGAAGGAAAUCGAAGCUAAGAAGCCUGAAGAAAAGGAAACCGAAGUUAAACCCAAAAAGGUGGAAGAGCAGAAGAUCGAAGACGAAGCUAAGAAAUCCAAAGAAAAAGAAACCGAAAAGACAGAAGUUGAGGCUAAGAAACCCGAAGACAAAGAACCAUCAAAGACUGAGAAGACCGAAGAACCCAAGGCCGAAAAGAAGGAGGCUAAACGCAAAUCUCCUAAAAAAGAUAAGACCAAAGAAAAGGAAGCCGAAGCCCAAAAACCGGAAGAGAAAGAAUCUAAAAAUGAUAUCUCUGAAGUUAAACCUGAGGCCACUGAGGCUAAAAUCGAUGAGAAACCCGAAGAAAAGAAGGAAAUUAAACGCAAAUCUCCCAAGACCAAACCCGAAACCACCGAAGAAAAAGAAACAAAGUUGGAAGCGAAAAAAGAAAAGGAGGAAGUCGUACAAAAGAUCGAACCCAAAGAAGUAACUGCCGAGCAAACGAUAACCAAGACUGCCAAGACAACUAAAGAAGAAAUUCGUGAAGAAGAAAGUACCCCAAGACUCCCACGAAGAAGAAUCGAACCGGAUGAAUUGGACUUCGCCGAAACCAAACCCAAAAAGCUCAAUGAAUAUAUUGAUCUGAAAGAGGCACGCAGUGCCAAACGUAUGCCCACGGUCGAUGUUAAGCUGACAAAUCGCAAUACCUCCGUUGGCAGUGACAUCAAAUUGACCUGUAGCAUUUCGGGCAAUGACCUUGAGAUACGUUGGUACAAAGACAAACAACCGAUCGAUGAACGAACGCUGCCCUCCAAAUAUCGCAUCACCCAAAAUGAUGGCCUGUCGUGUUUGGAAAUUAAAUCAGCCGAUCAACAGGAUGCGGCCGUCUACAGAUGUGUGGCAUCGAAUCGUAACGGUGAAGUGGAAACUAGCUGCCUCGUGACACUAUACGAUGUACCGACUAACAAAUUUGGCACACCGCCCAUAUUCACCCGUAAUAUCAGAGACGUUUGA